GACCGCGUAAUUGCUCAUCCCACGAUUCACCACCAUGUCGGCAUCCGAAGAAGCCCAGCUGGAUAAUUUCUCCUCCAUCUUCUCCCUCGAGGGUAAAGUGGCCGUAGUCACUGGCGGAUCCCGCGGUCUCGGACUGCACACUGCAAGCGGUUUUCUCGAGUCCGGCUGCUCAAAAGUCUACAUCACCUCCCGCAAACCCUCCUCCUGCGAGGCUGCCGUCGCGGCCCUGAACGCGCUCCCGAACAAACCCCCUCACGCCACCGCCAUCGCCGUUCCCGCCGACAACUCCAACCUCGACGAGCUCGACCGUCUCGUCGCCGCCGUCUCCCAGACCACCGACCAUGUCGAUAUCCUCUUCGCCAAUGCCGGUGCCUCCUGGGGCGAGAGAUUUGAUACUUACCCGGCCGACAAAUUCAGCAAGGUCAUGGAUCUGAACGUGAAGAGUGUCUUUUACACCGUCCAGAAAUUCACCCCGCUGCUCACAGCGCGGCCCACGCGCGAUGACCCCUCACGAGUCAUAGUGACUGGCUCCAUCGCGGGAUUAAUACUUGGACCUUUGGGCGCUAAUGCAGGAUUCAGUUACUCGGCCUCCAAGGCCGCCGUGAUGCAUCUGGUGCGCAAUUUGGCAGUCGAGUUGGGGCCUAGACAUGUCUUGUGUAAUGCGGUGGCGCCGGGGUUCUUCCCGUCAAAAUUGGCAAAUGGGUUAAUUAAGGUACAGGGGGGUUUGAAACACCUGGAGGAAAAGUCGCCUAAUCGGAGGCUGGGGAGGAAGGAGGAUAUUGCGGGAUUAGUGGUGUUUUUGGCGAGUCGGGCGGGCGGACAUAUGAAUGGGGCUGUCAUUCCCAUUGAUGGGGGGAGCCAUUUGAUGGGAAGGCUGUGAGGGUCUGUUUGGGUCGGUUGUUGGACGAAUGGUCUAGAUUGAUGCAAGAGAGUGAAACCGGUAUCACCCGGCCUGGGCACAGACAAACAAACAAACGCUGGUCUCAUGUGUGACGGACGGGUGAGAGCUGGCCCAGACGUCGGCAUCCCACUUUCAAGCAACCGACCUCGUCACACCCUUCCAAC